ACCAACAAAAACCACUGCCCGGCGGCCGAGUCGAGGUUUCUGCUAUUAUUUCACACGUGUGUCAGAUGUGGGGUUUUCUUUAUACGACCGACGUAGAGCGAGCAAGCCAAGUGGACUAAAUAAACGUUUUUACCAGGCCUGCAGAAACUGACCAGCUGAGGGAGAGCAAUUAUUGCUGCGAAGUUAUGAUAAAAGUGUUGACGUCAUGACCAAUCAGAGAACAGGCAGGCCCUCGGUGGCUCAGAAUCGACGUGUCGGACUCGGGUUUCUCAAGUUUCUUCAAGAGAGUGAUCGAGGAGAUGUGGACAGCAAGGAGCAAAUGAAGACAGCUUUCCUGAAAGAAUACAAGCCAAGAUUAGAGAAAGGAGGAAUAGGUUUCAACUUUUCAAGCAUACUCUAUGCUUUGAAGACCAAUGGCAAGAUCAACAUCAAAGAUGGCCGAGUCCAAGUUCAGAACAGUUUUGUUUCUGUGGAUCAGUUCACCACCCUAAAGAAGCAUGCCCUUGACCAGAAAGACACAACAAGGGCCAGUACAACGAGGGCCGGUGCAACGAGGGCCGGUGCAAUGAAGCAGAGCCCAGGUAAAGGAGGCAAGUCCAAUGGGCCGGAGCCGUACCCGUUUUACUGCGAGGAGUGUGGCGUCCAGGGGAAUUCUCAUCAGUCUUUUAAUGCACAUCUCCAAGGGAGUAGACAUCGACAGCAAAUGAUCUUCAAAUGUGUCAAGAAGAGCAGGUCAAAGUUCAUUGAAAAUAAGAAUGGCGUAGAGGUUGCCAGUGAGCAUGAUGGUCAGGAUGGGACCAUUGCAAUGAAACUGGCGCGGAGUGCCAGUCAAACCUUCAGGAUUACCAUCAAGAAUGUAAGUGAUGACUUAACUACCGCAUUCCUAUCUUGUGUGCUGUUGAAAGUCCAGCCUGCCUUUGUGCUGACGGAUGAGUAUGAUGUGACCCAGUCUAAGAAAGUGGUCCACCUCAAACCAGGGAGUGAGUACUGUAUUCAGGUGGCUGUAGUGGGAGACUCCGUGGGUGUUCUCAGCAGCCCACUCAUACUUGCCUUCAAGAAAGUACCAUCCAACGAGGUAUUUCAUAUUCUGCGCUUUGUGACUGUGGAGGUGGAGAGCGAGGUAGCGAAGGAUCUACCCCCGUCUGUUCCUUACCAACGCCCACCAAGGGUGGCAAGAAGGCAACGGAAAGGAGAGACUGUUGAAGGAGUGCCCCUACCACAGUCCUCCAAGAGCAAACUGAAGAUGAGACAAGCCAAGUAUUACCCAAUUCCAGACCAUCUCCGCUGGAUGCUGAACAAUAAACACAAAAUAGAGGAAGUCAGAAAAACCAUUAAGCCUGAUCUGGCUUGGGUGAACUACGUCAGUAAGUUAUCCAACCUUCUCUACGUAGAGGAGUGCCAGAUGGAAGUUGACAUCAAGAGGUACGAUAUGAAGGGAGUGCCCAUGCAGCAGGACGGCAAAUUCCUACGACUUAGAAUUCCAGGUCUUGCUGAGAACCGUCCCUCGGUCCUCAAAGGUGAUCAUCUGUUUGCCCGCUUCAGUACUGACUCUGAAGAUGGCAAGACCUACAAGGGUUAUGUCCACCGGGUGGAAAUGGAAGAAGUGGUCUUGGGAUUCUCCAAAGAUUUGGUGAAUAGGUUUACCCAAGGACUCAAGUUUGACAUUGAGUUUACGUUCAACCGUUUGCCGUUGCGACUACAGCACAAUGCUAUAGAGGACGCCCUCAAGAAUGAUCUGGGUAAACUCCUCUUUCCCGACCGAUCCAACAUCGGAACGACAAAGAAACUCUGCACCGUGCCAGGUGAUGACAGUGAUUUUGCCAGACUGUUCUUUGACAAGAAACUCGCCACCAACGUGGAACAGAUCAAAGCCGUUAAGCACAUUGUUUGUGGGUCAUCUCGCCCUAGUCCUUACCUAGUCUUUGGCCCACCAGGCACAGGCAAGACAGUCACCAUUGUAGAGGCCAUCAAGCAGACAUACCAUCAACUUCGUGGAAGUUAUAUCCUUGCGUGCGCGCCAUCUAAUAGUGCAGCUGACCUCAUCGCGACACGCCUUCUGACCGGGGGCACGCCCAUUGCCAAGACUAGCCUCAUGAGAAUCAACGCACAGAGUCGAGAUUGGAAGACUGUUGAUGAAAUCCUGAAGGAGAAGGAUGUGUGUAACUUUGAUAAGCGGGGAACCAGGGAAACCUUCUACCCUUCUAAAGAAGAGCUGAUGGAAAAAAGAAUCCUGGUGACCACACUGUGUACUGCAGGCAGACUGUCUACAGCUGACUUUCCCUCGAAUCAUUUCACUCAUGUAUUCAUUGAUGAGGCUGGUCAUGCAGUAGAACCGGAAGCCAUUAUAGCCCUGUCUAAUCUCCUGAAUCCAAAGAACACCAAAGGAGGUCAAGUGGUUCUGGCCGGUGACCCCAAGCAACUUGGUCCCAUUCUGAGGUCACCUCUUGCUAUUGAACAUGGACUAGGUUUAUCUUUACUUGAGCGACUGAUGACUGAAUGCGAUAUCUAUCAACGUCAGGAGGCUGAGCCGCAUUACGACAGCAGAGUCCUGACCAAGCUACUGCGUAACUAUCGCUCUCACCCUGCUAUCCUCAAACUGCCCAAUCAGAUGUUCUAUGCAAAUGAGCUGGAGGUUCAUGCAGAUGAAGCUGUGAGGACGUCGCUGUGCAGUUGGGACAGGCUACCUCAGAAGAACUUUCCCAUUUUGUUUCAUGGGGUAGAAGGGAAGGAUGAGCGUGAGGGACAUAGUCCGUCCUUCUUCAACCUAGCCGAGGUGACGAUCGUUGUGGAAUAUGUGGAGGAUUUGCUGAAUAAGCGAGGGGGGAGACAAAUUAAGGAGUCUGACAUUGGGAUCAUUUCACCAUAUCGUCGACAGGUUCAAAAGCUACAGAAAGUCCUACAGAAGCGUCACCAUAAGAACAUCAAGGUGGGGUCCGUUGAAGAGUUUCAAGGUCAGGAGAGGUUGGUCAUCAUCGUGUCCACAGUCCGCAGCACUAAAGCAGAACACAUCCAGAUGGACAUUGACUACCAACUCGGCUUUCUCAAGAACCCCAAAAGAUUGAAUGUUGCAGUCACACGAGCGAAGGCGUUGUUGGUUUUAGUGGGUAACCCAUACAUGCUAUGCAAGGACAAUAACUGGAACAAUUUCCUACGUUACUGUAUGGAGAAUAAUGCCUACACGGGAUGCCACUUUGAGGAAGAUGAAGACGAACUUGAAGCCAUCAUCCAGAGACUGGACAAUGUCAAACUCAGCGAUCUUGUGGAUACACCUGAAUCCAAUAACUUACAGGGAUUUAGUGCAGUGACUGAGCAGAAUGACCCAGAGUGGAAGGGAGAGAACUAGAGAGAUGAACUUGCGGACACAGUGAGCCCAUUCAGACCUCUUCUCCAAUAAACCCAUUUGUUUACUGCACCCAUUUUAUUCAUUUUUUCUCUGUUUGUGUGUUUGUUUUUUCAUUUUUUUCUCU